ACCUAAUUCUAAUAAUGUUGUCAAUUUAUGUCGAUAUGUACACUGCGUGAGUUAACCUUACUUUUAGUAAUGGUGAAAUAACAUUUACGAAAAUGGGAAAGAAAACAAAAGUUGGAAAGCAAAGGAAAGAUAAAUAUUAUCAGCUUGCGAAGGAAACUGGGUUUCGAUCGCGUGCGGCAUUCAAAUUAAUCCAGUUGAAUCGAAAGUUUGGUUUCCUUCAAAAAUCACGAAUAUGCAUAGACUUGUGUGCAGCUCCCGGUGGGUGGAUGCAGGUGGCUCACCAAAACAUGCCUCUAUCAAGCAUUGUCAUAGGUAUAGACUUGUUUCCAAUUAAGCCUAUUCCAGGCUGCAUAAGCAUUACAGAAGACAUAACAACUGAAAAAUGUAAAACAGCUAUAAAAAAGGAAAUCAAAACUUGGAAAGCAGAUGUAGUAUUAAAUGAUGGUGCUCCCAAUGUUGGUUUAAAUUGGAUUCAUGAUGCAUACCAGCAGGCUUGUCUUACUCUAAGCGCACUUAAGUUAGCCACAAAUUUCUUGCGACAGGGUGGAUGGUUUGUCACAAAAGUAUUUAGGUCAAAAGAUUAUCAUGCUCUUUUGUGGGUAUUGAAACAAUUUUUUAAAAAAGUACAUGCAACAAAACCUCAAGCUUCUCGUAAUGAGUCUUCAGAAAUAUUCGUGGUUUGUCAAGGGUAUAUAGCUCCCGAUAGCAUUGAUCCUAAAUUGCUAGAUGCUAAAUAUGUGUUUGAAGACUUAGAAAUAGUAAAAAAAACACACAACAAUAUCUUGCACCCUGAAAAACAAAAAAAAGCAAAAGCAGAGGGUUAUAAAGAAAAUGAUUAUACAACACAUCAUAAAGUUAUGCUGUCAGAAUUUUUGGCUAAAGAAGAUCCAAUUGACUUACUCCAAGAAUGUUCAGAGAUUGUCAUUGAUGAUGAAGAUGUUCAUAAUCAUCCCAAAACUACAAAAGAGAUAAAGGAGUGCUGCAAAGACAUAAAAGUAUUGGGAAGAAAAGAUGUAAAAGCAAUAUUGAAUUGGUUGAAGCAUAUUAAAGAAUCUAAAAAAAGUAAAGAACCUACUGAGGAAAAGGCAGAUGUUGAUGAUAAGGAGGAAGACAAAGAUGAGGCUGAUAAAGAGGAAGAAACUAUUGAUGAUGAAGUAGCUGAGUUACAGGAUGAAGAAAAGCGGCAAUUGAAAAGAAAACGAAAGCAAUUAAAUAAGCAAAGACAGAAAUUGGCUGAAAAGAUGAAUCUAAAAAUGGUACUGAAAGGUGAUGAUGGUCCAAUAUUGGAGAGCAAUGAUAUGUUCAGGUUAUCUGAUAUAAAGGAUGUUAAGCAAUUAAAUAUGGUUAUUGAUCAAGCUCCAGACAUUGUGGCAGAGGCUAGUGAUUCUGAUGAUGAAGGGAAAGUAAAACAAAAAUACAUGAAGUAUGAUGUGGAGGACACUAGGCUUGACUCAUCAGGACUCUUCUAUAAAGACUCUGACAGUGAACUUGAAAUGGAGAGUGACUCAGACAAUGAAGAUAAGCAAUCUUUAGGUUUUUCAGAUUCCGAUAAUGAAUCUAAGGAUAUUGACAAACUUACAAAGCUCAACACAUUACGGAAUAGUAAAUUAAAAGCGACACCAGCUAAAGCCAAGAAGAACCCUUUACUCACAGACUUAGAUGACACUGAUCCUGUAUCAAGAAGGUCUAUGAAGGCUGAACUGUGGUUUCAGAAAGACAGUUUUAAAGAUAUUGAUAAUGAAGAAGACGAGGGAGUAGAUUUGGAUAAAUUAGCAGCAACACAUAAGAAAAAAGGUAAAAAAGUGGCAGAUAGCAAUAUAUCUGACAUGGGGAGCCAAAAGCGUAUGAAAAGAAAGCACAGUGAAUCGGAAAGUUCCAGUGAUGAAGACAGUGAUUAUGAUGUUGAAGAGAAUGUCGCGCCUACUGUCGAAAAUGCUGGAAAUAAAAGCGGCAAAGGAAAAGAUGGAUUUGAAGUUGUUUCUCAGGACCCAGAGUUAAAAAGGUUAAAGAAAUCUAUGAAAAUGGACGCAGAGACACUUGCGUUGGGCACCAUGAUAGCCACGUCUAAAAAGUUCAAACGCGACCUCGUUGACGACGGCUGGAACCGAUAUGCCUUCAACGACAAGAAUCUUCCAGACUGGUUUGUUGAAGAUGAAAAGAAACACAUGAAGAAGGAAGUUGUUGUUCCAGAGAAAUUUACGGAAGAAUACAAGAACAGGUUGCAAGAUAUUAACGCGCGGCCAAUAAAGAAAGUCGUAGAAGCUAAAGCGAGAAAGAAGAAGCGUAUGAUCAAGAAAAUGGAACGUGCGAAGAAGAAGGUUGAGGCCGUUAUGGAUAAUGCCGAUAUGUCAGAGCGAGAGAAAUCACAACAAGUGAGACAGCUAUAUAAGAAAGCGCAAACGGAGGUUAAGAAAAAGGUUACAUAUGUUGUCGCCAAAAAACAUACGACAGCUAAAAGAAUGAAGCGACCCACUGGUGUUAAAGGACAUUAUAAGGUGGUCGACCCGAGAAUGAAAAAAGAUCUCCGCGCUCAAAAGGCUAAGGAAAAAACAAAGGGCCGCGGGAAGAAAGGAAAUAUCAACAAAAAUAAAACUAAGAGUAGACCAGCUAAAAAGAAAGGAAAGAAAACAAAAUAGUGUAAAUUACAUAUGAAUAAUGUAAGGACUAU